AUGGAUAUCUGGGUGCAUUUUGUUUGUGGAAAGAAAAAAGGAAGAGUUAAAGGUAUUGGCUCCCUGGGUCAAUCUGUAAAGGUAUCGUCUAAACAAUCAACAUCAGCUUUAUCGAGAGAAAUUGAUGAGAUGAUUAAAGCUCAGGUAAAUGCUUCCAAUGCUGACUUAUAUGCUCAACUGCAGAAAGAGCGUCACAAAAAUAAGAGGGUGAGGAGGGAAUUGGACUUAUUGAAGAAGCAUGUAUACAACGCAUCAUCUUCAAAUGAGAAAUCAUCUCAAGAAGACAAUCAAGCUUAUCAGAAUGAAAGUGGUGAUGACUCAGAUAGCGUGAAUGAUAGUGGUUCUGCCCAUGAUAACGUGAAUGACAGUGGUUUUGCCCAUUAUAACGCAUCAUCUUCAAAUGGGGAUUGAGAUAGUUGAUAGUACUAUUUAGGAUCCAAAUU